AUGGAUCCCUUUUUACCUGCAAUGGUUCUCACUUCUCUCUGCAUCGCUGCCACAAAGGUGUAUCGGCAUCUACGUCCUAACGACCAGCAGCAGCCUCUUCCUGCUCAACCUCAACAACACGAUGGUGACAAUCUGGAGACUGCGGAUUCUAUGGUCAAUGGCCCACAAGAAGCAACUUUUUCAGUGGCAACAUCUAGCGCACGAACAAGCUCAGAAGAAAGCCCCGGCUUGUGUGAUGAAAAGGAUACUGAUGAUAAUGACUCCAGCCCAUCGCCCCCGUUGACUGCCUUGGCGCCUGUUACACCCCCACCUUCACCACCCCGUAUGACUCGUCAGUAUGGGUUUUACAAGUCAAUCCACCAUGAACGCGCUUUACUACCCACUUGUCAUGACCUGCUGAUUUCAAGUGAACAAGUCACUCAAAAGGAUAAGAAUACCAGCAUUCCAAGCCAACAAGUUAUCACCAAGAAUGGCAAUCAAGCUCAACAUGGGUCCACCACUUCCACAGCUGCGCAACGUUAUCGUGCAAAGAAGCCAUGGCUCAUCCCUCAAUCUGCUACUUUCAAGACAACUUCUAGUACAAGAUAUGCCAUACGUGCCUCUGAUUCUCAUCAUCCAAGACAAAGACACAUGAUAUCAUCCAGCAUGAAGAAGAUCUCCAAUGAUAAAACAGCAUCCUAUUCAUCAAAUGAAGGUGCCCCUGGUUUUAGUAUCCCUUCUUCAUCUACGGCGUCAUCGCAAGCAACACCUCCCAUGACUCGGCAAUAUGCAUUCUGUGGAUCGGCUGAUACAUCAUCAACAACAACGAGCUCGUCAACAACAAGUAGCUCGUCAACCAAUGCUACACAACAUCAGGAAAGACGUACAAGACUCACAUCCCCCGAAUUAAUGCCACCACCACCACCCAGAGCUCCACGUCGUCAUGUUCGACCGUUGUUGAGGAGACAAAACGCCUUCUUCGCCGAUACACUUAAUAACACAAUGCUUGCUUCCAAAAGAAAACGCCAUCUUAUGGAUGAGAAUACACCACCUCCACCCAAUUCUCGCGAUGUGAGACAACGAUUGAAUACGGAUAAUGCGUAA